AUGAGCGGUGGUGGCGCGGUGGCAAGGCCUGCUUGGCAGACGGACGAGCUCGAAGACGAAUGGAUCGAUCAGGAGGCCAGCGACGAUUCGCAUGCUACACUCUCACUUCAUGCGCAUUCCAGCUCAGACAUCUCGUUCACGCAGCCACUAGGAUCAGUCAUAGUGCGUAACAGUCAACUGACAACUGACACUCGUACGGCAGAACAGGAUGCGGGUGGCACCUUUUUGAUCAGGGAAGAUGUUCCUGCUGCGCCUGUGCUACCCAAAACACCCGGCCGAGGGAAGAACGCUUUCGGGAAAGACUUCUUUAGUCCGCUUGCUCUUGAGCGUAUGUUCGAGCCACCAUCUCCGCCUAUUGGAAAUCCGCAUCCGCUGCCAGCUGUCCAGACAAGCGUACCCUCCGUACCUUCGCGCCUCUCACAGGCAUAUGUGCCAGUUGAAGGAGACACAGAGAUUAUUGGGGAUAUCUCUGAGGGGAAUAUCCGGGAUGGAGAAGGAGGGGAUGGUCUAAGUAUGCAGGGCGGCGGCGGCGGCGCACUGGAUUGUCAGUUUACCUUCGAAGCCCCUCGGCCAAGCCCCUUCAACCCCAAUGGCGUCGUCCCGGCAGCGCAGAGCACACCAGGACAUCCUAGAAUGCAUUCGGCGAUGCUCAAUCCCCCUGGAACAGAUCCGCGUUUACGCCUCUUCCAAUUCCAGUACGACACGUUUACCCGCGAGCACCUCUCCGCGAUGGUCGAUUCAAUCGCUGUCAACACGCCCUCUGCAGGCAGCGGUGCUGCGACUACCACUGGCCUUACACCAUCUACUGGUUUAUCCCCUGUCCGCGAGGUCAGCUCUGUGCGGCUCCGUAGCGCGAAGCGUAUCAAGCUCAGCCCGACGAGCGAGUUCUCCCGCAGCGGUGAUGGCGAGGCUAUGAUCCAUCGACCGAAACGGAGAGACUACGUGGGCGAGUCGAAAUCACUCAUGGACAAGAUAAGGCGAGCGCGAGAUUUCUCGACGGUGUCCACCGUCGCGAGUGCAAGAUCUCCUGUGCCUCAAGACAGGGACUCCUCGCCGGAAGAACCAGCGGAUACCACUUUGCCGCCUGUAACAUCAUCCCUGGGCGUUCGCAACGCUAAUGCCAGCCGGACGCCUUCCUCGAGCUGGACUGUGGCAUCGUCGCGGCGUGGAGCAUAUUCAUCUUUAGGCUAUCGGGAACAGGCCGCGAAUCUCAUGGCCCAAAUCAGAAGUGACAUGAAGGGCUCGAAGCGUAUAUUUUCUGGGGACACUGAGCCGUCCCACAUUAUCGCGGACGAGCCUAGCAGACGAGAUAGCGCUGGAAUGCAGCAUGGACUCCCCUCCCGCGUCUCGUCGAAUAGGCGGGUCAGUGUACAGAUCCGGGACGUCGACUACAACAAGCUCGCUGGGACGACGAGAGGAAAGCGCAAGUUAAGCCCCCCACACUAUGAUACCGACGAGGACGCCACCGACGUAGACGAUGUGCUCGCGGAGGACAUGACGCAUAUGUCUCUCGACUCUCAGCGCCUUUUGGAACAGUUCCCUGACCCUCCUGUUCGGCUGACCGUGACAGCUGAGGACGCGCCCCCGGCGCCCACCAGCGGAGGCACCCAAUCACGACUGAAGCCUGAACCUAAUCCCGCUCUCCUCGCCCCUACCGCUGGCGGGGCUCCAGCGCAUCCCUCGUCCUCGCUGCGCACGGGGCGACAUGAGGAUCUCACACGAUUCGUCUCGUCGAGCACGGCCUCGGGGACGACACUCACGCAGGGCAGCGCAGCGUCGUUUGUCAAACACCCUGGGCCCAAGCAGAUUACGCGCAUUGCCCCGGAGGAUGUGCCUGCUCUUCCGGAUAGGGUCGGGAAGAUGGUGUUUGAUAGAGUCAUGAUGAAGUGGGUCAAAGACACCGCGGCGGCCACGGCUGGAAUGGCCGAGGUUGAGAGGCGCCUCGCCGUCGAUACAAGUGACGGGAACGAGAGCGAAGACCCUUUCCGUGACUUCGAGAGCCUAAGGGAAGAUGAUUCGAGCGGACAGCCUGCUGAUGCAGAAGUCGUCGUUGACCGUGAUCAAGACGAGGACGCUGGCGAGGAAUCGAUGGAUGCCGAUGAAGAUAGGUUCCAAGAGGUGGAUGAGAGCUCCGAGGUGGAAGAUGAAGAAGAGAUAGAGCUCACGUCCUUCUCCUUCGAUGGUCCUCAAGCAGGAGAAGAUGAAACUGACGCCUCUGAGAUCACAGAGUCGGAUGGUGACAAUGAUGAAGAAGAGGGCUCAGAGGACGCCACAAACACGACCGAGCUGUCCCUACCUGCGGACACUGUCUCGAACGAUUCGGAUGGGGAGUACGACACUGGUCAAGCUGCAGCAGCCUCACGACAACCACCUGCUUUGCAAGACACACCGCCUCAUCAUCUCAUCCCUCAGCCUUAUGCGUCAUCUUCCUUGACCACACCAAAUGCGUUGCGCGCCGGCGCUCAGGCGACGCCUGCGUCUACCGGUACGCUACGCUCUGCGAUGAAGAGCUCCAGUGUGACGCCGGUGUCAGCUAUGAAAGAUCCCAACAAGAGCAAGAUUUCGACGCCGGCGGUUCGUCUCGGACAUCGUCGGUCGGUCAGCUUUUCUGAUGGCAAAAGGGACGGACCGAUUCGCGGGAUUGGUCGAAACGUGCCCACAUCGACUGACACCGAGGGCACUGAGGACGAAGACGACAGUCCCUUGGCCAGCGGUGCUGGUAAGGCAGGCUCCGUAUUCGUGCCUUCCGCGAGAUCGAAGCGUAUUGCGGAGAUGUUGGGCAACUUGGAGGACCCUGGCAUAGAGGACGAUUCCCCAUCCAAAGCAAGUAGCUCAGGACGGCCGCCGACCGAGGAGCUUCAGCCGCUCAAGGCACGGCGGCCAAGCAGCGCUAAGACGAGCCCCAGUCGUGAGGUCUCGAGGAGAGUGUUCUCCCGGCCACACUCGAAGACUCCCGUUUCCGCCGGUAGGCACGCCAAUGCAACGUUCCUUACGGAAUGCUCCUUUGGCGUGGCCCAUGAUCGUCUCGUACAAGUCAUCACGGACGUGCAACCCUUCGAACCGUACUGGGAGGAUCUGACGUCUAUUGAUCUGUCAGCGCACAACAUAGACAGUGUCGCAAGGCUGAAGGAGUUUCUGCCCCGAUUGGAUUCAUUGACACUGAACCACAACCAGCUGUCUUGGCUGAGCGGUAUCCCAGGGACGGUACGCUCAUUGUCAGUAGUGUCAAAUGCCUUGACAGGGCUUACGUCCUUCAACCACUUACUGAACAUCGAGUACCUUGACCUGAGUCGCAACCAGAUAGACACUCUGCGGCAGCUUGCAUGCCUCCGACAUCUGCGAGAGCUCCGAGCCGAUGGGAACAGGAUCGACAGCGUUGACGGUCUACAGAAGAUGGACGGCCUCGUGAAGCUCAGCCUACAGGAGAACGUUGUACGAAGCCUUGAUCUACAGGACUAUCACUGGACCCGCCUGGAAAUGCUCAAUGUGAGCCAUAAUCGGGUUUCGGACGUGUCUGGGCUCGCAUCAGUUCCGGCACUGGUAGCCCUGAACCUAGACAACAACGCGCUAGACGAGCUAGACCCUGAUGGUGCAAUGCCCAGACUAAGGAUACUCCGUCUAUCUGGCAAUCGGCUGAAGCAGCUGGAUGCCUCUGCAUUUCCUGGCCUUCGCACGCUCUAUGCCGACAACAACUAUCUCGGACCUAUUCACAAGGCACACCGGCUGACGAAAUUGGAAAACCUGAGCCUGCGGAAUCAAGGUGGCAAAUCUGGACUGUCCAUCUCGCUGCGCGAUGUUCGCGACGUAAAACGACUGUAUCUCUCUGGCAAUCCGCUCAAGGACGGCUUCAUUGCGGACCCAUGCUAUAAUCUCGUCUACCUCGAGCUGGCCGCGUGCCGGCUGACGGCGCUCCCGACUGGGCUCGCGCGCCUGAUUCCGAACGUGCGGGUGCUGAAUCUGAACUAUAACUUUAUCGAGGACCCGCGCCCGCUCGAGGGCUUGACGCGCCUCCGCAAGCUUACCCUCAUCGGCUCACGGAUCAAACAUGCAAGGCUCCUUGUCCGCAUACUUCGGGGGAUGACUGACAUUGAGAUGCUGGAUUUCAGGUAUGUUCUGCCGCAGAUGAAUCCGUGCACGCUCGGAUGGUACCUUCCCCUCCUCGUACGGGACGUGCCUGGUGCGCUGCAACCCUCCGACGGCGAUCGCGCGGGGCCCAGCUCGGGAGGAAAUGCGUUCGCCGGAUUCGCAGGUGCUGCCCGCGGGCCUGCAUCCCAGGUGGGCAGCGCAGCCCACGACCACAACCCGAACGGGCGCAGAACCAGGGGCGGGCCGCAUUCGCACGAACCACAACAACAAGGUUCAGGUUCAGGUUCAGGCUUUGCUGGUGCUGCUAGUGCGCCCGCGCGUGCAGGCGCGGAGGCCGCCGUAAGCCCCGGUGGGCACGGAGAAGCCACAAGUGGGCUUCGCGCGGGCACGGGCGAGGCUCCCCCGGCUGGGCCGCGUGGGCAGAGCGGGCCUCCGCCUGCGCUGGCUUCUGUGGCGGGCUCUGCGUCCCCGGGCGCGGGCGCGGCGACGUGGAAGGAACUGGACGCAAAGUUCCGGCGGGACCUCCCCGACGAGGCGUAUGUGGGCCGGCUGGCGUACCGCGGGCUCGUCAUGCGCGCCUGCCCGGGGAUCCGCCUCCUCGACGGCGUGGAGACAUCAGCCAAGGAGCGCGAGAAGGCGGAGAAGCUGCUCGUGAGCCUCGGGCUUGGGCGCGAUCGCGCGCGGGGGACCGGGGCGAGUGCGGGUGCUAGUGCUGCUCCUGCAGCUUCUCUGCCCGACCCGGGAGACGCACAGGGAGGCCUCACGCGGGAGAAGGCGAAGGCGAGGGAGGCCCUGCGCACGGGUGCGCAGUGA